CUGGCUACACCCGUAAGACGGGUCGGGGAGUUGGUUCGAAAGGAACUACGAAUGUCUCCAGUGUAAAUCUGCAGAUGUGUCAUUGUUUGGACAGUGGAAAAGGUUAUAAAUCACAAAAACCCAAUGACAAUGCCAAGACUGCAGCAGUGCAUCUGAAUUACAACUGGGAAGGAUAUCAAAUCGAGCCGAGCUGAAUCUGAACCAGUUGCAUUGCAUACUAGAGUGAAUGGAGAAAACAGUGAUGCUUAAUGUUUAAAUGGUUUACAAGUCUGCUUGAAAAAAGAGAAAUGCUGUUGUUCAAAACAUUCCUGCAGGUGACUCUAGUCACUGGUGCAGUGUGUUCACUAGUCUACUUUGGGUUUUUUGACAAAGUAAAUGUUGAACUGGGAUACAAGCAUUAUGCAGAGGAAACCAUUCUUAUACAAUGGCUACCAGCUCUGAGACACAUUUUGAGGAUGCCUCUAAACACACUUGUGUGUAUUGGAUAUCUUGUGGUUGGGAUCCACUGGCUCAUACAUACAGAAGACUUGGUGGAGGAAAAAUCCCUCAUGUAUACUGAUGGCUAUGUGAUGACAGUCUUUAAUUGGAUGUCAGUGUUUUAUGGCCCACUUCAGUGUCUGAGAAUUGUGACACAGUUACAUCCCUUUGCAGUCUUGGACCAGUGGGUGACCCUGCCUUUCUUUGCUUGGGUGGUGGUCUGGUCUGUUCAUUGUGUCCGCCAUAAUAGUCAGUCAUGGAGCACAUCCAUCCCAGUCAUAUGUGUAGGACUGUCCCUAUCGAGCUACUGUUUGACAUUGGUGUGUAACUAUGGCUUUGAAAUUUGCCUAGUCAUUCAUAUUAUUGCAUCUGUUGUUGCUGGAUUAAGAGCAUACAAGAGGUUUUCAAAUGAUGAGAGUAGAUCUAGUUUAUUGAAGGCAAUAUUUUGUUGCUUCGGCUUUGUUUUGUUGAAGGUAUAUGAUUUAGAGAUGAAGAAACUUCAUUGGGUUUUUUCAACAAUCAGUGGACAUUUUUUGUCAAAAAUUUGUGAUAUUUUUCAAAUUCAUUAUGUGAACUCUUUUUUCUUAAACAUUUUAAUUACCAGGUAUACAACAGAAAAACACAAAACUUUGAAGAAAAAGACCUUGUAGAUAAAUUUAUAUCUUAUGAAAUACUAUGAGGGCUCUUUGGUCUAUUAAGAUUUACAUUUUGAAAGUAUUUAUUGAAUUUGUAAAAAUCUUUUUAAUUAUUGAUGUGUAUUGGUAAGGAUCAGUGUCUUUCAUCAAAAAACAAAAAAAAAUGUUGUACCAGUUUCAAUUGUUUAAGUUUCCUGUCCUGUAAAUUAGUAAAUAUUUGGUGUUAUCUAUUUUUUAAUAUUUUACCUGGUGAUAAGAUGUGGGAAGCGGUGAUCUGUUACUAAAUAUGGUACUAUACCUGUCAAUAAUUUGAUAUUCAGUGGUGUUUAUUCCAGUCUUUGGACCCUUUUCAUGGUAUAGUAUCAAACCUCUACAACAAACUGACAGGUUCAAGCCGUAAUUGGUCCAGUGUGUUUCCAGUUUUCAUUGGCGCAUAGUAAUGAUGAAAGCUUGCUUUCUUGCUUCCUGUAGGAAUAUUUUGUAAAAUUGUCACAGGCAACAGAACAAUUUUUGCUUCUCAUGAAAACAAAAAAGGGAAUAUUUUAAAAAUGACCUGUACAGUAAUUGUAUAAAAUUUAUGUACAUGGUAUAUGAAACGGAUCCAGGACAUUUCACCCGUAUGGACAUAUCACCUUGGGGCAUUUCUGCGUAUAUUUAUCACCAGGUAUUUGAUAAAAUUUUGAGUGGGUUUGUAUGGAAGUGUAUUAUGUAUUAUUUAGCAGAUUUAAUUUUAUCUUCAGCAAAAUCUUUGAUUUUGAAUCACAUUUUGCUGCUUUGAAAACUAUGAAUUUGUUUUAUAAUUUUGGAAUGAUGGAAGAUUGCUCUUUCCAUUCAAGUUCUUUAUUUUUCACGUAACGGUAGGGAGCUCGAGACCUCGAUCUAAGGGUGGUUUAUAGGGGCCUAUAUACUGAAACGUGGUAACCGCUGGCACCGCUUAGCCAGAGAGUUAUGUGGACCCGAUCCCGGUAUAAUGCUUACAAAAUGCUACCCCCUCAUUCAUUUCCGAUGCCUUCGCGUUAGAUUCGCCCUGAAUGCUCAUAUAGCACGGCAAUUCUGAAAGCUAAAAUAUUUACGCACAUUUUGUCACAAUCGUUACUGGAGUGUACAUAAGUAUUCUCCUGUAAAUCUUAGCCGAAGUCGAAAAUAGGCUUGUCACAUGCUGCCAUGUUUUUAAAAUCUACAACAGAGAAUGUCUUGGUCAACAUAAUUUAUUGGAGUUUUGCACGGUAAAUGCGUGUAUUGGUUCAUUUGCACGGAUUUUUGUGGCGCGGAGUUUCUACGCGCAAAGCUGUUUUAAAUACCACUGUGAUAUGGGGUUAGGCUGUGAUCUACGCCUAACCCCAUAUUAAAAGAUCACAGUCGAGUUCCUCGGCUGCCAGAAGCGAUGUUAUAAUAAUGGGAGAUAACUCUCAUAUGCCUUGUUAGGUUUCAACGACACGCGUCGCAUGGCGUCGAACCGCCUAGUAUAUCCUUACAGGCUGGCCCUUUUAGUUCGCUGAAGGAUUUCAGUACCCAACCUUUAUUUUCUAGCAGACUCAACGUCCCGGUCUUCCACUUCGGGAAGUGUACAUCGGGGACACGUAUUUUAUGUAGUAUGCUGUACUCAAGAAUAGUUCAAUUACACGACGGCGGCCAGCAUUUUGGAGGAAACCAGUCAGAAUAUGGGGGAAACCGACGACCAUCCGUAGGUUGAUGGCAGACCUUCCCACGUACGGUCGGAGUUUGAGCGACCGCAUUGGUGAGGUUCCUUAAGUGCAAAUGCGCCGCACUGGCACGCUAACACGAAGGCCAAUAUUGGCGAUGUAAUAUUGUCACAGCGGUCGGCGUCAGCCCGUUCUUACAUUUUCUUGUUAACACUCUUAUCUCAGUUUAUUUAUUAUUUGUUUCAUUGAUGUGUUGCUGAAGAAUAUUUCACUUAAACGACGUUGUCCAUCGUUGUGGUCGGAGAAAACCGAGAAGCGCUAGGGGAAAACGCACGACAAUCCCCAAGUUGUUGCCAGCUAGAUCUAUUUCAGUUUGCCCAAAGUUCAUUAAACUUACAGGUCUACACCACACUUACAGCUGAAGAACACUGGAUUUUCUGCGACCUCGACCUAUUUUUUUCAAGGGCAGUUGAUGAAGUAAAAUCUUGUGAAAAGGCUUAUAAAUAUCGAUUUGUAAGCUUGGGUAACAUGUAAACCUUGACAUUCAGAUGAACGCUAUUUUAUUUCGAUGUUCUGAGAUCAAUCGUUCAUCCGUGUGCAUGGUCCUUUCUUGGUAAACACAAUGUAUCUCUUGAAGUUAAAGCCGAGGAGUUCUGCUUGCGUUGCGCGGUAUUUUUCUGGUGACAGCCAUUCCUUGAUGGAUAUAGCAUUAUUUAUCCAUUGCAAAGUGCGAAAAUAAAUCGAAAUAAGCGAAAUGGUUGCGUUUGUGUAGUUUAACUUACCAGCAGUUAAGAUGGAUCAUGCAGUUACUUAUAUAAGCCUAUACAUGUGCGUAUAAAUAUUUACUUAUUUGAUUAUUGUUUUACGCUGUACUCAGAAAUAUUUACGACGCUCGUGUGGCAUAUUGUGCCGUCCAAAUUUUUGUUAAAAGCCUGUCUUCUAGCAAUAUGUAGGAUUUAGGGUGGGAAAAUCUCUAUACCUCGCGGCAGCAUAGAUAAAGCAUGUACAUGCCUCGCAAUCUGGAGA